UCAAUUCAAACAUGUCUGAUUUGGAGUUUGGAAAUACCGCUUCCGGCGUCGAAAACUGUGAAGCCUAUGUUAAUCCUCGUCCCGGGCUAGUCAACUUGGGAAAUACGUGUUUUAUGAAUAGCGCCCUGCAAGCGUUGUCGAUGACACCUGACUUUUGUCGUAACCUAAUGCUCUCCGAGUGCAAGUCGAAAAUUGUUGUGCACUUGCAACGUCUGAUUGCACUGAUGCAUUAUUCGCGUCACCACGUGCUUGUGCCACCAUCGGUGCUCUCUGCCAGCAACAGUGCGAUGUUCGUAGCCGGCGAGCAGCAGGACAUCUCGGAGUACUUGGGCUACUUGCUCAACUCGUUGAGCGAAGCCGAGAAAGCCAAGGGAUGUGUGCCUGCAUGUGACGAUCAACUGAAUCUAACCAUUGCUGAUAAAUCAUUCUCGGGACAGCUGACAAAUAUUUACAAGUGCCUUGUUUGCUCCCACGAGAGUCGCAUUCCGAAUAAGUUCCGCGAGCUGCAGCUCGCCUUUCCUGAGUGCACUGGCAAUCCUAAGAUAAACUUUACUGUGCAGAAUCUGAUCGAGCAUAACAGCUUGCCUGAAAUUCUCGAUGGGGAUAAUAAAUACGCAUGCCCCACGUGUGCCACUUAUUGCAAGGGUGAGCAUCACAUGAGGAUCACACAAGGACCGCGCAACCUCAUCAUCACUAUCAAACGCUUCGGUUACGACAGAGCAACCCAUCAGCCUACUAAGCUCAUGCAUAAGGUGUAUCACAACAACUCGAUAUCAUUGGAACAAUAUGACAACGCAAUGCAGCAAUUCACCAUCCUGCUAUAUCGACUUUACGCUAUUGUAAUACACGUCGGUAAUUCCCUUGACUCUGGACAUUACUAUGUACUAGCCCGGGAUGCGGAGCACAGGUGGAUCAAGUUUAACGACAGCGAAGUGUCUUACGUGAAGUCCUCGGAAGUUCGACAUUUGCGUUCCCAGAAUUCAGCACAUAUGCUUCUCUAUGCUUUGAACGAUGAAGUGGACAUGGUAGCGGAGGAGGAUAAGGAAAAUGCGGCACCAAUGUCACAUAUGGCACCGCUUACCCUGGAAGAGCUGCCGGCCAAGCUACGCAAAUUCCUCAAGCGCAACUUGGGAAACGAACCGCCAAAUCAGACAACACAAUAACCACAACAACAACAGAUAGCUGAAUAGUCUAUAUAU